GCCUGAUUUGACAGCAGCUUUCCAACAUAACCAUAAAUAAACAAACAGGAUUUUUUUCUUGGAUUUUCCUUGUUUUUGAUUUGUUUUUUAGUUCGAUAAAGUGUUAAUUCAACAAUGACAACCAGAAAAAGAAGUGGUUCGGGAUCUAAGAGACAUUUUCGCGAGAAAGUCGUUCAAAUUUACGAAUGUAUAUUUAAAGGGGAGGACAUGUCAACUAAUAAUAUACUAUUUUGGGAGGAAUUCUUUCUUCUCAAGCCCAAAGUUUCAAUAAUCGAAUCAGAAAUACAAAAAAUGACAUUGGAGCAGUUUACUGCAUCCAAGCAAAAUAUAAACUUAGUUUUUAAUCAAGGCAUAGAUAUUUUGGACCAACAGAACAGCAUAAGGGUUGCUUACAGCCUGCAAACUUUGUGUGCUAUUUUAAAUUCAAUAUUUAAAAAGGCGAUUGACGCUCAAAUAGACUGCAUUGAGUUUUUGACUGGAUUUGAGAAUUAUGAGACAAAAAUACAAAAGUUGCUUACAAUUUGCCAAACAUAUCUAGAAGGUGAAUUACCGGAGGUAGUAAAAAGCCUAUGCUUAAAAAUAAUUUUAAUUUUAAUAACAGGAAUAGACUCUAUAAACCAAAAUUCACUAAUAGAAUACAUAAUGAUAUCUUCGUUAUUUGACUGCUUAGUAAAAUUACUUUGCGAUGUUCCUACAAGACAAAGGCAUGGAUAUGAUGUAGUAUUAAUAAUAACCUUGCUUGUAAAUUACAGAAAAUAUGAUGCUGCAAAUCCAUAUGUUGUAAAACUGUCAAUUUUAGAUGAUGAAUUAGCUUUAAACGGUUACGGUCAAGUUAUUACUUCAUCUUUAUCAGAGUUCUGUAAUCAAUACAAUAAUGAACAUACUGAAAACCAAAACUCCUCUUGGUUUUCUUCAUUGACAAACAUGGUUGGGAAUAUUUUCAUUUCUGAAGAGGGAGGAUUCAGGACACAGCAAGUGAGAGCUAAUAAUGCUCUAUUAUUGGCUUUUUAUGAGGCCAUACAUUUAAAUAGAAAUUUUAUAACCACUUUGGCUCACACUCAGACUGACAGCAGCUCACCUCCAUCACCAAAUAGUACACUUAGUAAUAUUCAGGGGACCCCAGAUUUGUCUAAUGUGCAAGCCACUUAUGAUAUUACAAGUCAGCCUUCCAAUUUGCUUGUUAUUUUCUUCCAAUAUUGUUCAAUAGUUAUGCAAGACACAAAAACAGAAGCGGGCACAAACACGGUAAAACUGGCUUUUCUUAUUUUGGGUUGCAUAACAGAAGACCAAUAUGCUAACUCCUUAAUGCAUGAUGUGAGUCUUGCUUUUAAAGUACUAUUGCACAGAUUACCAAUGAGGCAUAGAAAACUAAAUCCAGAUAAAACCACAUCUUCCCAGCCCUUAGUCUGCACCCUCCUUGAUUUGCUCAUAGAAUUUAUACUGAGUCAUAUGAUGAAGAAAUUUCCAAUGGAACUGUACAUUCUAUGCUUGGGUAUUAUUCAACGAAUACUUUGCCAUCAAAAGAAAUGCAGAAUAAGAUUAAACUACGCCUGGAAAGAACUUUGGACUGCCUUAAUUUCUUUACUCAGAUUUAUCUUGCAAAACGAAAACUAUUUGGGAAAAAAAAUGAACAUAUUCGAUUUGUGCAUCAAAAUAGUAAAUAUUCUCAACUUUUUUAUUACUUAUGGCGAUAACUUUUUGCCAACCCCUGGUAGCUAUGAUGAACUUUAUUACGAAGUGAUUAGAAUGAAUCAAGUGUUUGAUAAUAUUUAUUCAAUGGGGCUGAGAUACUCGAUGGGAGAGGGAGAUUUUAAGGAAGAUGCUUUAAAACUGAACAAUGCCUUAUUUAAUGUUAGAGCUAUAGUCAAGCAUUUUAAUCCUAAAAUAGAACAGUGGCUAGUUUCGGCUAAUCUAUCCACGCCAAGUGAAGAACAAAUAUUGGACAUUGUCAAAAAGAAUUACGAUAGUCUUACCUUAAAGUUGCAAGACUUCUUGGAUCAUUAUGAGAGAUAUACUGAAAAACCAAAUUAUACGCCGUUCUUCAGGAAUAUGGUAACUAAUAUUUUAUCUGAUACAAGGACUAGUGUGAGCUGUUCUUUAUUGAAUUUUACGAACAUUGCUUGUGAAUAUCCUAUUUUAUAAAAUUUUGUAUUUAUAUAUUAAUUUACUGUUAAAUGUUGAAACAGAUUUUUAACCAAAAAUUGUAUUAAAUAGAGAUAAGUCAAUAAAUAUAUUUUAUGUUCCU